AAACUCAUAUUCCACCCCCAAACAAGCCACUAUUCCCAACCAUAGCAAACCCGCGUCUCUUCAACUCAAUGGCGUCCACGCCUUUCUCCUCUCUCUGCCACUUCCACAAACCCUCCCUCCGCUUCCUAGCUUCGGACGCCUCCAGGUUCGGGGGCGCUUCGGCCAUCGCCUUCCCAAAGGCUCGGAGCAACCGCAGGAUCGGCAUAAUCCCCGUUUGCAGAGCAGGCUCCGCCGUCGUCUUCCGGAACCUCGACGCCGACGAGUUUCGCCACCCGCUUGAUAAGCAGAAUACGCUGAUACUGAGGGCGAUUCCGGGAUUGAACGAACUGGGAAAAGUUCUUCUAGGAACUGUAGCUGAGCAGGUUAUGCUCCUUGAAAACAUUGGGACAUCUGUCCUUGUUUCUAAAAAUCAGCUUCCUGAUCUUUACAACCUAAUGGUCGAAGCCGCAGAAAUAUUAAAUGUUGAUGCCCCUGAUCUAUAUGUUCGUCAAAGUCCUCAGCCAAAUGCAUAUACAUUAGCUAUAAGUGGUAAACGACCGUUUGUUGUCAUUCAUACUAGCCUUGUGGAGCUCCUGACAAAAGCAGAGUUGCAGGCUGUUUUGGCUCAUGAACUGGGUCACUUAAAAUGUGAUCAUGGUGUGUGGCUUACAUAUGCAAAUAUUCUAACCCUUGGAGCCUAUUCUGUACCUGGCAUUGGCGGUAUGAUAGCUCAGACUUUGGAAGAGCAGUUAUUCCGCUGGCUUCGAGCAGCUGAAUUGACUUGUGACCGAGCAGCUCUUCUGGUUGCUCAAGACCCCAAGGUGGUCAUAUCUGUCCUCAUGAAAUUAGCUGGGGGAUGUCCAUCUAUGGCUGAUCAACUAAAUGUGGAUGCAUUCCUGGAGCAAGCUCGCUCUUAUGAAAAAGCUGCUUCGAGCCCAGUUGGGUGGUAUAUAAGGAAUGCACAAACAAGGCAACUGUCACAUCCUCUACCUGUUCUACGUGCUAGUGAAAUUGAUGAAUGGUCAAGAAGUCCAGCUUAUAAAUCGCUUUUGAAACGUGGAAUUCAGACCAAAUCACUAGAACAAAAUGUCUAGCAGUGCGUGCUUGGAUUUUGUCCCAGUGCACAACAGCUCAAUACCUAUUAAAACGAUGUUCAAAUGGUCUCAGGAGGCAGUAUAUUUAUUGUAGAUCUACGGCUGCUUCAGACUUCUCUUUCUGUAAAUCUACAAAUGUGGAUUCACUAUGUUAUAUAGUCAACCUGUAAGUAUAAUUUUGAUGACAUGGAUUAUUAUUUCAUAGAAACAUUGGCUCUGGGAAGGGAAAGAAUUACAUGUAUAAUUCUAGAUCAUAAAAUUUAUCGGAAGUAGAAAACUAUUAUGCAAGUUUUAUGAUAGAAUUUUUAUUUGUAUGGUAUAUAUAUAUAUAUUUUAUAGUUAUGUUAUUGUUACGAAAUAUUUAUUAA